AUCUAAAAGCCUGGGAGUGCCCGAGCUUGGGGCUGCCCGUGCCCGGGGGUAUCUGAGCCUGAUCCCCCCAAUCCGGGCAUGGGCCGUAUCCGCCCCUCCUGUAUCUAGCCCCGGCUUGUUCCGGUCUGACACCUUGUACCCCCCGGAAUCGCCGAGGCUUGGUCCCAGCGCAGAGUGUCGCAUGGUAGAGCUGCACGGGGUGAAAGGUGGCCUCCUUUCAGGUGGAGGGGCAAGAGCUGAUCUGCUUUGCCCCAAGUGUUUGACCUGUUCCUCAAACACCUAUGUCUGGGGGCUGCACCGGUGGUACACCAAGCUUAAGCGGCUGGACAUCGCCCCUGUGGUGUGUACAGUGGAACAGGUCCGCAUCCUGCGAGGGCUGGGAGCCAUACAGCCGGGGGUUAACCGCUGCAAGCUCAUCACAAGAAGGGACUUCGAGACGCUCUACCAGGACUGCACCAACGCCAGCUCUCGUCCAGGAAGACCCCCAAAGCGGUCGCUGGGAGUUGCUAUUCAAGAGAAUGCACGCUUGCUGCCCCAUGGGGUCCCAGGACUAUUAUCUCCAGGUCUUAUCUCCCCCACAGGCCUUACCGCAGCUGCUAUGGCAGAAGCAAUGAAACUACAGAAAAUGAAGUUAAUAGCAAUAAACAGCUUGCACGGAAGCGGAAGUCAAAAUGGCACCGAGUCCGAAAAUGAAGAACUGAAUUCCAAUGCAGAUGCUAAUGGGUUAAUCCAUGACUGCAGUUUGGCUAUUUUUUUCCGAGGUGGCAGCGAGUCGUCCUGGGAUAAAGAGAAGUUGCAGUCACCAAUAACAACAAGCGGGUCUCAACAUGGACUAGGACACAUAUCAAUGUCAGGACAGUCAGGUCUUGCAGGGCAACAUCCACUGAGUCCUCUACAACAAAACCACCUGCUUGCCAACAGAUUAGACUUACCAUUCAUGAUGAUGCCUCACCCCCUCCUCCCCGUCAGCCUACCUCCUGCAUCUGUUGCCAUGGCAAUGAAUCAGAUGAAUCACCUCAAUACUAUUGCUAACAUGGCCGCCGCCGCCCAGAUGCACAGUCCUCUGUCCAGAGUGGGAGCCUCUGUUAUAAAGGAAAGGAUUCAGGAAAGCCCCUCCCCCUCUCCCUCCCUAGAAGAUACUCAGCGGCCUGGCAGCCAUGCGUCUUCACAUCAAAGCAGUAGUGUAUCUAGCUCACCAUCCCAACUGGACACCAUCACUGACAGAGUCGCUCUACUACCCAAUUGCAGAGACGGAGACAUCACUGACCAAGACAACACAAACAGUAUAAAAAAGAUCUCAAAAGACAAAGAUGAUAUCCAGAUUGCUAUACCAAUAAUUAAACCAGCAUUGGAAAAAGUACAAAUGUCCGGACAAAACUUGCACCAUGGAUUCCCUGCACCGUUCCUAUUUGCAGAUGGAUUGUCAUCUGUAGAAACCCUUUUAACCAACAUUCAGGGCCUUUUAAAAGUUGCAGUCGAUAACGCCAGAGUACAAGAGAAGCAAAUACAGCAGGAAAAAAAAGAACUGAAGUUGGAACUUUGCAGAGAGAGAGAACUUAGAGAAACCUUAGAGAGACAACUGACUGCAGAACUUCAAAGCCGAGCAACAAUUCAAAAGCGCUUGAAGAAAGAAAAAAAGGCCAAAAGAAAAUUGCAGGAGGCUCUGGAGUUUGAGUCAAAACGAAGAGAACAAGUAGAGCAAGCUCUUAAACAAGCCACAGCUGGAGAUGGGCUCAGGAUGCUUAACGAUGCCUGCAUCCCAGAUAUGGAGACAGAACACAAUGGAUCUCAGAACGAGAGUCCCCCAAUGCAAGAAAACAGAUCAUACAUAAAGCCUCCUAUAAUGUACUGAAAAUGAAAUCAUCAGAGAUUACACUGUUCUAGCCUUUGAUGCCUUCUGUAUGGAAUGACACCUAUGGAUCGAAGCACGAAAAAAUAGAAAGUCUUUCUGAGCAACCAACAACCGGCAUGCCAUACUAAAAACACAGAUUGAUUUCCGGCAAGGUUUCUCAUCCCAAACCAACCAAGAUGACACUUAAAUUAGUUUUUAGAAUGUACAAAAAACAUUUUGACAUUUAAGCACAUUUCAGAGAGCCCCCAAAACAGACUCUUUUGGUUUUAAAAAAAUAAUAAAAUCAAGAACUUGCUUUUGUUUUAUUGCUAAGGCACAAUGGUUACGUCAAGACUCAACAAAACGCUUUCUAGAGCUCCUUCUGACCGGAAUGGAAAUCAUUUUCUCAUCUACACCACUCAUCACUGAACAGUAUAAUUGUGUUUAUAAAGUUAGCUUUGUUUACUGAAGCGGAUAUUCAGUACAUAUAAAGUUUUGGAAGACAUGUGUGUACAUUUUUUAAAGCAACGUUGUACAAAUUAUAAUGUCAUUUGAUGGCUUAAUAAGGAAUGAUCCACACCCUGGUAACUGGAAUACAAAGGAUCUGCCACCUUUUUAAAUCCAGUUCAGCAUUUGCUCUUUCAACAUCAUCAUGGCUGCCACAUUAUGCAUUAUUCCGCACUGCAAUAUGUUGCAGCUAAAUGUGGCAGCCAAAUAGAUUUAAAUGAAGGAGCAUACAAGUAGUGUGUUAGAUAAUGGAACUUUUAAGUAUGGUUUCUCUGUUGUACCAUAUUAAGUUAAAGUAUAACUUCUUUGUUAAAAUGUUCUUGCUAAAAUACAGUAUUAAAACUUUUUUUGUUUGACUUUGGAAA